UAUGUACACUAUGUAGAUAAAUUAAGAUAAGCGAUAACUAGGGAGCCCCAUCGCCAUCUGCAUUCUCCACCAAGAGCCGAGGCUCCUGGAAUGGUUAGUCAUUAGCUCUACCCCAGAUUGCCGGUUUGAGAUUGAGCAAAGCGACUGGAGAAUAGGAUUGAUUCAAUAUGAUAUUCCCGACUUCCAACAAUUUUCCUUUUUUUCCCCCAUACCUUUAUGCUUGCGCAAGCGUCCUUUGAUAAAAUACGUACUCUUAGACUUUUGUCGUUCCAGCUACACAUCCCUUCUCUGCAACUUUGAAUCUAAACACCGCCACUCUGGCAUCUUUCUCAUCACAUCUAUUCGUGCAACUCAUCCAAGAUGCCGCUUGAGAGGUCCGAGUAUCUUAGCAAUGUCUGGAAGGAUGGCAUCUUCAACGGCCGCGUGGCAUUCGUGACCGGAGGCGCCGGCACAAUCUGCAGCGCGCAAACCCGCGCCCUGGUCUAUCUAGGCGCAAAUGCCUGCAUCAUCGGCCGCAACGUCGAAAAGACGGAAAAAGUCGCACAAGACAUUGCCACAGCCCGGAAAGGCGCCAGGGUGAUCGGGAUCGGCGGCUGCGACGUACGGGAUCCCGAGAGUCUCAGGAAAGCGGCCGAGCAAUGUGUCAAGGAGCUCGGCGCCAUCGACUUCGUCAUUGCCGGCGCCGCCGGAAACUUCGUCGCCCCCAUCUCCGGGUUGACCUCGAAUGGGUUCAAGUCGGUCAUGGACAUUGACGUCCUGGGCACGUUUAACACCAUCAAGGCGACGGCACCCUACUUGAUCGAGUCGGCAAAGCGAAACCCGAACCCAAGCAACGAUGGUCUGACAGGCGGAAGAAUCAUAUAUGUCUCAGCAUCCUUCCACUAUACCGGUAUGCCGAUGCAGGCACAUGUGUCUGCCGCCAAGGCCGCCAUAGACUCGCUUAUGGCGUCCGUCAGUCUCGAGUACGGACCCUUUGGGAUAACCUCCAACGUCAUUGCGCCGGGUGGUAUCGAGAACACAGAAGGCAUGCUCAGACUACACGGAGCUGGCAACGACAAGGCGGCGAUAGCUGCAAGUGUCCCGCUCGCACGUUGGGGAACGAUUCGCGACAUCGCUGACGCAACCGUUUAUUUGUUCAGUGAUGCUGGUAAUUACGUCAAUGGUGAGGUUCUUGUGGUUGAUGGAGCCAAUUGGAGGUUGAAGACCGCUGCGGGCGUUGGAAUGGACGAAUCACUGCAAUAUCCGAACUUCUUGUUCACGGGCGAGUUCUCGAAGAAUGUCAAGACGGGGAGGAAAGAGAAGUCUAAGCUAUGAGACGCUACGAUUCCAGAACACUGUCUCUCUCAGUCGUAUAUACUCUUUAGCGUAUCUUCAAUCCAGUACAAUGAUGAUAAUGUAGAACUCUACAAUUUUCCACUACAAUUGUGCAGCACUUCAACAGUUGGACGCGUUGUC